AUGUCGUACAACGCAGACGAGACGCCUGCGGUCUGCGAAAACUGUUUGGGCCCCAACCCGUACGUGGAGAUGACACGAGAAAGAAACGGAGCAGAAUGCAAGCUGUGCACUCGCCCGUUCACUGUUUUUCGAUGGUCUGUGAAGAAAGGCGAGAGACUUAAAAAGACACUAUGCUGUUUGACCUGUGCAAGAGCCAAGAAUUGUUGUCAGUCGUGCAUGUUGGAUCUGACACUGGGGAUUGAUCUGCGUACGAGAGAUCAGCUUUUAAAGCUGACAGAUCAAAGCCACGCGCUGGAGCUGACUCCUCAGAAUCAAAUGUCUAAAAUUUACGCCGCUACUCAACUUGAAAAAAAAUACAAGGCUGCAGGGGAAGAUGCUAUUGAAACGGUGGAGCAGAAACGGGCAGAUGCACGCAAACUAGUAGACUCACUAUCCAAAGCUGUGCAAAACAAGAAACGGAAACAAGAGAGCGAGCAGGACGAAGAGCAAGUCAGCAAAGAGGAGCUGAUCAAGCUUUGCAAACACCUGCCAUUCAAUGGCAGUUUAGAGACGCCUAAAAGCAGCAAAAUCAAAUCGUUUUUCCUUUUUGGUUUUGGCGAGAAACUCGCCGAAUACCAGGUGCGCGACUACUUUGAGGAUAUCGUUGGCGAAAAGAAAGUUGAGGCUGUUACUUUGAACCACCGGGGCAAAUUUGGUUUUGUCGAGUUCUCCUCCAGAGAGGCAGCCGAGAGGGCAGCAGAAUGCCUUCAAAAUUCGGUCCCACACCCAAAGUUGGUGGCUGUUGCGGGAGAGCCCCUUCGACUAUGUUGGGCCGGAAAGACUACCACCCCUUCUUUUUCGACCACAGAAAUUGCACAGGUCCGUACUAUUGUGAAACGCCAAAUGAUCAAAUAUGCCACCAAAGAACAGAAGAAGAGCAGUGGAAGUGAGGCUCAAAGCCCUGUCGCCAAAAGGUCCAAAAUCGAAAGCACCACGUCCUCGAAAUACACUAGUCUUCGAACAGACCUGGAGGUUUAAAUUAAUAUGUAUAUUAGACUAAUAUACCGUAAUAUUCGCAUCGUUUAUACUUUUUGGCGAGCUGGCUCCACUGCACCAACAUUCUAUCGGCUAUCGGAAGAAUAAGCUUCCCUGUGAGACUGAGAUCGUUGACCCUCGCAAGGCUUUCCACGUAAAUGAUUUUCGUCCUGCAACAACCCAGAUACUUGAAGAAAAAAAGCACAUACGCUAUUGGAAUCGCUGUGCCCGGUCCAUUGCACAGGAACACAUCUGGAUAUUGCCUCAUGGAUGCAAAAAGAAGAAAUGUCGAUAAGAAUGCCCUUGAUGAGCGGAAAAAAGCAGAAAGCUUGCCUUCUCCAAUAUUGCGGGCUCUGGGGAUGGUGACGACGGAUGGAGACUCUUCUAGACUUCUAAUGCUAGCGAGUGAUGUCUCAUCUGAAUUAGCAACUGCGUAUUGACGUUUGAGAAGAUCGAACUGCUCAAACUGGCGCAAAAUUCGGAUCAUCUCUCCAGUGUGCCCCCCAGAGCCCAGCAGAAUCAGCACGGACUUUGAGGUCGCCGCUGAUUUCUGAGGAUAGCCAAAUGUGUUAUGGCAGCUCGGAAGAAUGUAGAUUAGCCGGCCAAUUAAAGCCAGGAGCGUCAACAGUACUACAGAGGCUGCAAGCGUGAAAUGGCG